CUCCUCUCGUUGCCCCGGCUGUGGGCGCGCGAUGGAGAACGGGUGCUGGUUGUUCGGCGGCGAGUUCGAGGACUCGGUAUUCGAGGAGGGGCGCGAGCGGCGGGCCGGACCGCCCGCGUCCUACUGCGCCAAGUGCUGCGAACCGCAGUGGUUUUAUGAAGAAACAGGGAGCAAUGACGAUGUUGAAGCUCUGACAAUCAAGAAAUUCAAAGGGGACCUGGCCUACAGACGACAAGAGUAUCAGAAAGCUCUGCAGGAGUAUUCCAGCGUCUCUGAGAAAUUGUCGUUUAGCAGUUUUGCCAUGAAAAGGGAUGUCCAGGAAGGCCAGGCUCGGUGUCUCACGCACCUGGGAAGGCACGCGGAAGCUUUGCAGAUUGCUGCUAACUUGGAAAAUAAAGCAACCAACACAGACCAUUUAACCACUGUGCUCUACCUCCAGUUUGCCAUUUGUUCAAGUUUGCAGAACUUGGAGAAGACAAUUGUCUGUCUGCAGAAGCUGAUUUCUUUGCAUCCGUUUAAUCCUUGGAACUGGGGCAAAUUGGCAGAGGCGUACCUGAAUCUGGGGCCAGCUCUCUCAGCGUCAUCUCAGAAACGGAACAGUUGCACCUCGAGUGACAAAACUAUCAAAUCCUCCUCGCUUCACUCAGAAAAAGACUGUCUUUUAUGUUUCCCUGAAACCUUGCCUGGGAGCCCUAGGUUUUCUGUGGACACAAGCGGCAGUGACAGCCAGCAAAAUGAGAAAGCUCUUAAAAGUACUCACAACUGUAUGUCAGAAAAGAGAGGGGCGUUGCUGAGACAGACUCAGAUAAAGGCAUGUGCCGCUUUUGUGAGAACCAGGCUUUUGCUUCAGCUCACCCAGUCUCAGCAAACAUCAUUUGCUUUGGAAAGGAACUUAAAGACUCAGCAGGAAAUUGAAGAUAAAAUGAAAGGGUUCUGCUUCAAAGAGGAAAGUUUGCUGUUGAUUUCUGAGAGCUCUAUAGAUGGAACCUCUCUCUCUCUCUGAGAGGGAACCUUGGAAUGCAAAAGUUGGAAACAAAAAAGAAGGAUCAGUAGUUGGAAAAUAUGGCCUUGGUGAUAGAAACAAUGCCGGAGAUCGAAUGACAGAAUUUUGCAAGACCAACAACUUCUUCAUUGCAAAUACCUUCUUUCACCAACAUAAACGGCGACUGUACACAUGGACCUUGCCAGAUGGAACACACAGAAAUCAAAUUGACUACAUCUGUGGAAAGAGACGAUGGAAAAGCUCAAUAUCAUCAGUCAGAACAAGGCCAGGGGCCGACUGUGGAAUAGACCAUCAAUUGCUCAUAUGCAGGUUCAAGCUAAAACUGAAGAAAAUCAGAGCAAGUCCACAAGAGGCAAAAUAUGACCUUGAGUAUAUCCCACCUGAGUUUAGAGACCGUCUGAAGAAUAGAUUUGACGCAUUGAACACUAGUGACUAAAGACCAGACGAGUUGUGGAAUGACAUCAAGGACAUCAUCCAUGAAGAAAGCAAGGGGUCACUGAAAAGACAGGAAAGAAAGAAAAGACCAAGAUAGAUGUCAGAGGAGACUCUGAAACUUGCUCUUGAGCGUCGACCAGCUAAAGCAAAAGGAAGAAUUGAUGAAGUAAAAGAACUGAACAGAAGAUUUCAAAGGGCAUCUCGAGAAGACAAAGUAAAGUAUUAUAAUGACAUGUGCAAAGAGCUGGAGAUGGAAAACCAAAAGGGAAGAACAUGCUCGGCGUUUCUCAAGCUGAAAGAACUGAAGAAAAAAAUUCAAGCCUUGAGUUGCAAUAGUGAAAGAUUCCAUGGGGUAAAUAUUAAACGACGCAAGAAGCAUCAAAAGAAGAUGGAAGGAAUACACAGUCAUUAUACCAAAAAGAAUUAGUCGAUAUUCAACCAUUUCAAGAGGUGGCAUAUGAUCAGGAACCGAUGGUACUGAAGGAAGAAGUCCAAGCUGCUCUGAAGGCAUUGGCGAAAAACAGGGCUCUAAGAAUUGAUGGAAUGUCAAUUGAGAUGUUUCAACAAGCAGAUGCAGCGCUGGAGGUGCUCACUCGUCUAUGCCAAGAAAUAUGGAAGACAGCUUCCUGGCCAACUGACUGGAAGAGAUCCAUAUUUAUGCCUAUUCCCAAGAAAGGUGAUCCAACCGAAUGUGGAAAUUAUAGAACAAUAUCGUUAAUAUCACAUGCAAGCAAAAUUUUGCUAAAGAUCAUUCAAAAACGGCCGCACAGUAUAUCGACAGGGAACUGCCAGAAAUUCAGGCCAGUUUCAGAAGAGGACGUGGAACCAGGGAUAUCAUUGCUGAUGUCAGAUGGAUCCUGGCUGAAAGCAGAGAAUACCAGAAGGAUGUUUACCUGUGUUUUAUUGACUAUGCAAAGGCAUUCGACUGUGUGGAUCAUAACAAACUAUGGAUAACACUUUGAAGAAUGGGAAUUCCAGAACACUUAAUUGUGCUCAUGAGGAACCUUUACAUAGAUCAAGAGGCAGUUAUUCGGACAGAACAAGGGGAUACUGAUUGGUUUAAAGUCAGGAAAGGUGUGCGUCAGGGUUGUAUUCUUUCACCAUACCUAUUUAAUCUGUAUGGUGAACAAAUAAUCUGAGAAGCUGGACUAUAUGAAGAAGAACGGGGCAUCAUGAUUGGAGGAAGACUCAUUAACAACCUGCGUUAUGCAGGUGACACAACCUUAUUUGCUGAAAGUGAAGAGGACUUGAAGCACUUACUAAUGAAGAUCAAAGACCACAGCCUUCAGUAUGGAUUGCACCUCAACAUAAAGAAAACAAAAAUCCUCACAACUGGACCAGUGAGCAACAUCAUGAUAAAUGGAGAAAAGAUUGAAGUUGUCAAGGACUUCAUUUUAUUUGGAUCCACAAUCAACAGCCGUGGAAGCAGCAGUCAAGAAAUCAAAAGAUGCAUUGCAUCGUGUAAAUCUGCUGCAAAGGAUGUCUUCAAAGUGUUGAAGAGCAAAGAUGUCACUCUGAAGACCAAGGUGCGUCUGACCCAAGCCAUGGUAUUAUUUUCAAUCACAUCGUAUGCAUGUGAAAGCUGGACAAUGAAUAAGGAAGACUGAAGAAGAGUUGACAUCUUUGAAUUGUGGUGUUGGCGAAGGAUAUUGAAUAUACCACAGGCUGCCAAAAAAACGAACAAAUCUGUCUUGGAAGAAGUGCGGCCAGAAUGCUCCUUAGAGGCAAGGAUGGCGAGACUUUGUCUUACAUACUUUGGACAUGUUGUCAGGAGGGAUCAGUUCCUGGAGAAGGACAUCAUGCUUGGCGGAGUACAGGGUCAGCGGAAAAGAGGAAGACCCUCAACGAGGUGGAUUGACACAGUGGCUGCAACAAUGAGCUCAAGCAUAACAACGAUUGUAAGGAUGGUGCAGACUGGGCAGUCUUUUGUUCUAUUGUGCAUAGGGUCGCUAUGAGUCGGAACCGACUCAACGGGACCUAACAACAACAACAAUAGAUGGAACCUACUUUCUUUUUUUUUUUUUAACAUGCCUUAAGUGAAAGUUUACAAAUCAAGUCAGUCUCUCACACAAAAACUUAUAUACACCUUGCUACAUACUCCCAAUUGCUCCCCCUCUAAUAUGACAACCCGCUCUCUCCCUUUCACUUUCUCUUUUCGUGUCCAUUUCACCAGCUUCUAACGUCUAACCCCCUCUACCCCCUCAUCUCCC